GCAGGUGGAGGAGAGGAGGAGACACAAGGAAGACCUGAAGGAGAAACUCAGGGAGCUAGCGGAGCUGGAAGAAGAGGAGGAGGAAGAAGAGGAGGAAAUGGAGCGGCUGUUGAGAGGAGAUGUUUUCCAGAUGUUUCCAGAGGAGUCGACCGAAGAGGACGUCAUUCCACCUCCCCUAGCCAAGCCCACUGAGAAACAAGAGGAGGAUGGAGGAGAGGAGUGGGGAGUGGUGGUACCCAGACCUGGGAACGCCCUCCCGCUAGGUUGUGAUAUCUCUGAUGUCAUUUUGACGUGUGAGAACGCUAAGCUGACCAACUUUCCUCCCCUAAACAUCCCUGAACUCAAGUCUCUGAGUCUGGAAGGUAACGACAUCACAACCAUCCCAGUGGGAGCAUUCAACGGUAUCCCCAACCUGGAGUGGAUCAACCUGGGCAAGAACAGGCUGAUGGCUGCUGGCAUUGCCCCACAUGCCUUCAAAGGCCUGAAGUUCCUGAGCCGUCUGUACCUGGACAACAACCUCCUAGAGACGGUCCCAACAGAUCUCCCAUCAACACUACAGGAACUCAAGUUCAACGAGAACCACCUCAAAGGGAUCGAGGAGAACAGCUUCCAAGGUCUGAGUAGCCUGUUGACCUUGGAGUUGGAAGGGAAUGUCCUGAGCGAAGGGAACGUGGACCCUCUAGCUUUCAGCCCCCUCUCCCAGCUUUCCUACCUCCGUCUGGGCAGAAACCACUUCAGGACUGUCCCCCAGGGACUGCCUCCAUCUCUACUGGAGGUUUAUCUUGAGAACAACCUGAUAGAAGAGAUAUCCGACUCCGUCUUCAACCAAACCACUAACCUGAACGUGAUCUCACUGAGACACAAUAGACUGGAUGAGUCCAGGAUCGCACCUCUAGCAUGGAUCGACCACAAGAACCUGGAGUCCAUCGACCUAUCCUACAACCGUCUGUACCUGGUCCCAUCCUACCUGCCCAGAGCUCUGGUCCACCUGGUCUUAGUAGGGAACCAGAUCGAGAGGAUCCCAGGGUUUGUGUUUGCCCACAUGGAGCCGGGCAUCGAGUACCUGUAUCUGUCCUACAACAAGCUGGAUGGGGAUGGGGUUGAGCCAGAGUCCUUCUUCGGUACCUACACCUCCAUGACAGAGCUGUGUUUAGACCACAACCAGCUGAUCACGGUUCCCCCUGGUAUCAACGAGAUGAGCACUCUGCACUUCCUCCGCCUCAAUGACAAUAAAAUAAGGACGUUUGCAGAGGAUGCUAUCUGUGACCCUCAGAACAACGAGGAGUCCCACAUAGUGACCCUGCGUCUGGAGAACAACCUCAUCGACCCCAGGAAGAUCUCCCCCGCCGCCUUCUCCUGCGUACGCUCCUACUCCAGCGUCGUCUUGAAACCUCAGUGGACCCAUUAAACAUGAUUUGAAAACUGUGGCAGAGUUCCAAAACAGACCCCUUCUCCCUAGGCGCUCCUGUAGAUCUGAAAGGCUGGGAUAGGUGGAAACAAUAUGGCGACAUUUCCACACAGCCAAUCACAAAGCAAGAUGAAGCAAUUAUCAUAUAAUCCUCUCAGAUCUAUAGAGCCUGGAAUUCAGCCUCUGUUAUUUUAGCAAAAGUCCAAAACCAAAGAAAAUGUCAGUAAAUCUGUAAACCAACUGUAUCUCAUUGUUAGAGUCAUGCAACACAUUCAUAUAAAAGGACUAUAGGACCGAGCAAAACACACUUAUGAAAACACACCAUCCACUUCUGGUUUUCCAUCUAAAACAUCUGGAAACAUUCUCGGGAAGUGAGGCACAGCUUCUUGGACUUUUUUUCUCUCCCUAAAACCUUAAUGUAAAGAUUGAAGUGUUUGAGUAAGACCUCCUAGUAGAGAAAACCUCAGCAUGAUUUGGUUUGAGUCCCAAAUGGCACCCUGUUCCCUAUAUAUAGUGCACUAUAUUUGACCAGGGCCCAUAGGAAACAGGGUGCCAUUUGGGACACAGAUCUGGUGAUAGAGGGCUACAACAAUGUACAUGUUGGCCCCAGUUUAGAUGCUGCUUCAUAUUUUGUUAAUUGACACUCGACCCGAGAGAAGAGAUGGACCAACUAAACCACACGUAUUCAAGUAGCACGGAAAUAUAAUCGAACAACCUUUACCAGUCAUAUUGCCAGGGUUAGAGGCUCCAAAGUCUUUCUAUAGAUUAUAUUUCGAGGUCAAGGGUCAGGAUCUACAAUAGAGAGAUAUUCCACUGAUGUAGAUAUGGGGAUAUGGGGAUAUGGGGAUAUGUAUAUAGGGGAUAAUAAUCAGUAUUUUGAUAUGUUAUUGCUUUCACCUCAACAGACUUAUUUCACAAGUCAAUCAUUCAUUCUAUAAAGAAACGAUCCUGUACAAUCAUACAAGGAAACCAUACCGUGGAAUGGAAACUUUUACAAUAGUUUUCAGUGUUUGAAAUCUGUCUGCAACACCACUUGUGCCUGGCUGGCUAAGAUUUAAAAGUGGGGAUAAGAAUUUAUAAAAAGCUACAUUUGAGAAUUGCAUUAUCGAUAAAGUUCAUACAAAGUGCAAGUGACAGUUUAUUUUUUCACACACCUGUACAAACAUACGACGUACCACGCCUCAAAUAAAGUCUGGCUUUGUUGUGAUUACAAUACUUUCCUGCUUCAAUGAACCAUUCGUUACAAACCGAAGAGCCAGAAGACUCAACCAACACUGGAUGCUCUCCAGACCCCAUGACAAGAGUUGCACCCCAAAUGGCACCCUAUUCCUGAACAUAGUGCACUACUUUUAACCAGAGCCCCAUAGGGGUAAGGUCCAAAGUAGUGCACUAUGUAGGGAAUAAGGGUGCAUAUUUGGGACUCGGGACACGUUCUCAAAUUAGCGCUGCCUAGCGUAUAUGAUGUCAGGUCAUGUUGUGGUUAUUAAGAAUGAAAGAAUAGCUACUUUGUGAGAAUGUCCUUCAAGGACCUGUUGAAUUUCUCAAAACACGUACCAAUAAUGCAACCGUAUUACCAGCUGCACUGACUGAACUAACCACUGAACUAUAAGAGCAUAUACCUCAGGAUCACUUUCCAGUAACUGGAAUAAUACAGGCGGAGGCAGGUAGCUUAGUGGUUAAGAGCGUUGUGCCAGCAACCGAAAGGUCGCUGGUUCUAAUCCCAGA